AACCAAACUUCGAAAAAUUCUUCAAAAUCUAAAAACCAAAACCCAAAGGCGCUUCCCAAUUUUCCCUCACUUCCCUAAAAAAUUUUCCCCCUUUUCUCUCUCUCUCUCUCUCACUCUCUCUCUUCUUCCUCUUCCUCUUCCUAUCUGUCUCUGUCCGAAUCGACGAGUCCACUCGCUCCGAUCUCUGACUCGCUGCGCGCUCGACUCAGUCCUCCUCGCUGACUAAAUCUCAACGCUUUUUUUCUUUGCUUUUUCUUAUUUCUCCACCACCAGUUCCGGUCUAGGGUUUCGAACUCUGCUCCGUUCUUACCAGUUCAGCUCCGGAGUACUCUUUUCCUUUUGCUGAAUAAUCUUCCAUUUUCGACCUGCUUGUCUCCGCAAUCGACCUUUUACUGAUAAUUUGUUAGAAUUCGGCUGGAAAUGAAGCUCCUUUCCGUUUGAUUGUCUGGCUCUUGUGUUUGAGGGCGUUGAAAUUUGAAGAUAAGAGAUGCUUGUAUGGGAAAAAUUAGGGUUUUUUGUGUUGUUUUGAUGUAAGUUUUCGUUGAAUUUGAAGUUUUCGUUGCUUUGGGUACUGAAAAAUGAUGGUGUUGAAGCUAGUUUGUUAGUAUCUGCGUCCAAAUUUGUUGUUGUGUUGUAAUUCAAGAAAGCUCUUGAGUUUUUAGCUUUGUAUAUUUGGGUAGUGGUCUUUAGGUGGAGUUUGUAAAACUUUAGGGUUUUGAAAGCAAAACUUUCUUUGUAUGAAUCUAAGGUUUAAUUGGUGGAAGUGAGGUGGGGUGGUAUAUAGGGAGAUGUUUUAUUCUCAGUUUAUAUUGGCCAAGAAAGGUCCGCUUGGGACUAUAUGGAUAGCGGCGCAUUUGGAGCGGAAGCUUCGGAAAAAUCAGGUGGCUGACACCGAUAUUGGAGUCUCUGUUGAUUCAAUUCUUUUCCCUGAUGUUCCAAUAGCACUCCGAUUGUCCAGCCAUCUUUUACUUGGUGUGGUGAGGAUAUAUUCUAGAAAGGUGAAUUACCUUUUUGAUGAUUGCAGUGAGGCUUUGCUAAAGAUAAAGCAAGCAUUUCGCUCUACUGCAGUUGAUUUACCUCCAGAAGAAUCUACUGCACCUUAUCAUUCCAUCACCUUGCCAGAGACUUUUGAUCUUGAUGAUUUUGAGCUGCCUGAUAAUGAAAUUUUUCAGGGUAAUUAUGUUGAUCAUCAUGUCAGUACAAGAGAACAGAUUACACUACAAGACACCAUGGAGGGUGUGGUUUACUCCACAUCUCAGUUUGGAUUGGAUGAGCGGUUUGGUGAUGGUGAUGCUUCUCAAAUUGGUUUGGACCUUGAUGAGGAUUUGUUCUUAGGUAAGCUAGCAGCCCGAGGGAAUGAUGAAAUUGCAGAUGCUGAUCCAGAUGCUUCUGUUCAGCCAAUGACCCCUUUGACAAAGGAUGAAGCUCAUGAGGGGAUAUCUAGAACUUCAGCAACCAUGCAAAUCAAUGGUGUUGAAAGCCAGAAUGAAAUCCUAGCUGCAAAUAAAGAAGCUGUUGAGUUUGCUCAUUUACCAUCUUCUCCUGGACUAGAGGACGAGCCAAACCUGUCUACCAUACAGGGGGAUCUGGUCCAUGAUGACAAUUUGGAAUCUAAAGACCAUAGUUUAACAGAUUCAGCAGCCGUGGAGUGCACAGAAAAUCCUACUAACAAGUCAGAUCCCCAUCAUGAGAAUAAUGCAGAAUGGUUUUUGCAGAAGAAUGUAAACGAUGACACCGUUAUGGGCAUGCAUACUGAGGAUAAUGGUUACCUUUUAGGUGACAUGGAGAGCAAACAAGCAAAGCCACAAGAAUAUUUAUCAACUAUAGGAGUUACUACAGAUAACAUCUUACCAGAUAAUGGCCUUUCAACAUCUUCACUCUCACCAGUUUCAGUUGAGCAUGUUAAAUCUACUUACGUAACAGAAUCUUUAAACGGGACCUUCAGUACCUUGGAUGGUCUGGGCAGGAUGGAAGAUAAACAAAAUGGUGUCUUAAUAAACAAUGAACCAACUACAGUCCCUAUAGAACAAAUGGAUGUAAGAUGUGCAGAAUCCCCUAGUUGCUCCCAGGUCACCACUGAACUGGAGGACUCUGGUCGUAGAACUGGUUCAAUUGACUUUGAAGCACAAACUGGCCAUGAUAUUGCUAAUGAUAAAGGAGAAUCACGCUCCCCUACCAACGAAUUGGCAUCAAAUGUUAUAUGUCCGCCGGAAUCGCCAGGAAGACCUGAGGUUGUAAACGUUGAAACUCGGGCAUGUCAAGAGCCAAAUGAUACUGAGACUUUCAACCCUCUUACUCAUGAAGACAUGGUCUCCAGUGACAUGCCUGCACUUCGUGCUUGCAACUCUAAGGGACAAAUUGCUAUGUCACCUCUUGGAGGUGAAGAUAGCCAUACAAUUGAUGCUACAAAACCAGUCUCAGAAAAAAAUCAGAUUUCAGAAUCUGCUUUAUGUGGAGUGACUCCAGAUGAUUGCAGGAAGUUGAAUGAAGAAAUGGAUAAUGCAGCGUCCUGUGAUAAUCAGUUGGAAAAUUUGGAUAGGUCUGCCACUUUGGAGUUGCCUGCACCUGAGAAGCUGCUUGCAGUAUCAGAAGGGCUGACACAUAAGCCACAUGAUUUGCUGGUGGACUCUACUCCUGUCACAGAAGGCCCAACAGGGGGUAAUGUGGCUGAUGCUGGGAUCACAAACAUGUCAGGAAAAAAACGUAGCUUCACAGAGAGUACUCUAACAGAGCAUAGUCUAAACUCGGGUGAAUCAUUUGGUGUGAGCAAAUUGAGGAGAACUGCUGAAUCUGUUCCUGAUGAUGAUGAUUUGUUGUCUUCUAUAUUAGUUGGAAGAAAAUCAUCAGUUUUGAAACUGAAGCCUACUCCACCGGUGCCUGAAAUAAUAUCCACAAAACGCUUGCGAUCUGCUUCACGGGCUAGUGCUUCAAAGAGGAAAGUGCUUAUGGACGAUAUGAUGGUUUUGCAUGGCGAUACAAUACGCCAACAGUUGACAAAUACUGAAGAUAUACGUCGCAUGCGAAAGAAGGCCCCGUGUACUCGCCCAGAAAUUUCAAUGAUUCAGAGACAAUUCCUUGAAGAAGAGAUUUUCAGUGAACCCAUCUUUACUGGAAUGUCAGGAGCACUGAUAUAUUUGCACAGCGGAACAUUUGAUCUUAGUAGAACCACGGUUUUAGAGAAUGAUCCAGAUAAUGCUUCUGUUGAAGUACUGAAGGAUUUUGAAUCUUCUGUGGUAAUGAGAAGUAAGACAGAAGUUCCGUCCGCUGAUGUUCCCAUUCAGACUCAGAGUCAGAAUGCUGAAGAUCAUAAAUUGAGAUCUGAACAUGAAACCGUGGGAGAGACAGCUGAAAUAAGAAUUGAAGGAGAAAAUAUUGAGAGAAUUGAAGGAGAAAAUGAUGAAGCUGCUGAUGCAGCAAAUCGCUCUGUUGAUGGGCUUGAGGCGUCUUUCCUGACUGAUCCUGUUUCAGCUGAUUUUAGUAACAUGCCAGCAGACAUUGUGCAACCAAGUCUUGUGGAUAAAAUUGAUGAUGUAGAUGCUUCAUUGCAGAUAGAUAUGUCAUGCAUGUCACCAGGAAAAUUUGAACCUCAACCUGUUGAGGAGGAUGCAUCAAUAGUGAACAUAAGUAAUGGUGAGGGAGUCAAUGCUGUAGAAAUUGGAAAUACUGCUGAAAUUGGAGUAGAUCUUCAGACAGAUUUUCCUGAGCAUAGUAACAAUGCAGAUGUCUCCCUGACAGUGGCAGCAUUGGAAACUGGUGGAUAUAAUAGUACGACUUUUGUAAAUGGGGAUGAGCCUGCCGAACAAAUUGAAAAUGAUAAUCUGGGUCUUAUGAAUGAGGAUGAAGUCCUGGCAUCAGACUUGGGGUGUGAAGACAAGGAUCUGAGCUCUACUUGUAUGCAUGGUGAAAAAGCAAAAGGGGAUUCUGCAUUUUCCUCAGAACUUGUUGUGGAUUUAAAAAAUCCAUCUUCAAAUGAUGGAGAAAAUGCAGGCGGUCAGGAAGCUGAUCCACAGAGUGUCAUGGAUGUAGAGAUCACUGCCGACCGUGUAGAGGAUUGUCGUGAUUUUGAAGAUGUCACUUUUGGAAAUGAUACAGAAUUUUUGAACGUAGAUGAUGAUGAAAUGGCUGAAGAUGAUGAUGAUAAUUUGCCUGCUGAGGAUACUCGUCUGCUUGAGAACAGUGGAUGGUCCUCUCGGACCAGAGCUGUAGCCAAAUAUCUCCAAAUUUUAUUUGAUAAAGAAGCGGUGCAUGGAAGAAAGGUUCUCCCAAUGGACAACUUAAUAGCUGGUAAAACUCGUAAGGAAGCAUCAAGGAUGUUCUUUGAAACUUUGGUUCUAAAGACCAGAGAUUACAUCCACGUAGAACAGCCGAAGCCCUUUGACAAUAUUAGUAUAAAGCCAAAAAUAAAGCUCAUGAAAUCAGACUUCUGAACUCUUACAUAGGAAAAGGCAGACAGAUACAAGUUGAAAACGCCUUAGUGCAUAGUUUGGCAGGUGCUUGGUGUUUAUUAUUUUUUCUACAUUAGAUUUUUUUUUUUUUUUUUCCUUCUUUCUUUUACUUCAAAAGUCGCCCUUUUAUUUUAAAUUUUUUGAUGGGGGAGGGGAUAAGGGGGUUGGGGUUGCUAGGAGUCAUGUCAUAUUUAGUUCUUUGUGUAAUUGGUAGAUGGUUUAACAGUGCAAUCUGAGGGGCAUAUGUAUCAUCCUGUUGAUUGUAGCAACAAGGUUGUAACAUGGAUCAUAUUUAUAUGUAUAUAUCUGUAAAAUAUUAUCAUUUGCAAUUGAAGAAGCUAAUUUACUUGAAUCUA